UCGUAAGGUGCUUCCCAUGUCUCAGGACUCUUCAAAAGAGGACACUGAUGGACUGGUGGUAACUUCAGUCUGUGGGGGGAAAGUCUAGUUUUUUGUUCUGGUUACGAGAAUGGAUCCGUUUGGGAAGCACGGCAAGUCUGGAUUUGUCAGGACUCGGAUUCCUAGACCCCAGGUCGCAUUGCAGCCAAUCCGGUCUUCUGGCUAUGCUGGUGUUUGCAGCAUCAGAAAUUGCCCUUGCAAAAUGAGUCGCUUGGCUCAGAAGAGCUCCUCGGAGCCGCUGCAAUCUGAGCGCUGGCAUUCCAGGUCGGCCUCGGCAGGCAAUUUAUCAAUGGACACUUUCUGGCUAGAGGUGGAAAGCAUCAAAGAGGGCGCGGAAUCUGAGCCUGAGGAGUGCAAUCUUACGGAAGUCAAACCCCAAGAAGAGGGGGAAGCGGAAGCCGAAUGGCUGCAAGACGCUGGGCUGUCAGACCUGAUUGGGGACCACACCACAGAGAACGGCAAUAUCGUCCUGCUUUCCACUCUGACCAAGACCCAGGCUGCGGCUGUGCAGCGACGACUGGAUACUUACACCCGCUCUCGGCGAAAGAAGAACAAGCAGCCCGUCCGUGAUGUCCGAGACAUCUUUGGAGUGGUUGGCUCCGGGGAGACUGCACCAGAGCCGGGCUCAGAAAUCGAUCGAUUGCAACACAGAUCUCUGUCAUCCAACAACAAUCAGAAACCAGGCACAACUGGAGUCCCAGACUUCCCAUCUCCAUUGAGGGGCUCUGGAAAAGAAGAGAUAUUCAGCACUGAAGUUGCUUAUUCAGAGCAAGCAGCUAUCCUGCUCAAAGGCUCAUUCCCAAGGGAAUCCAGACGGAUCAAGGAUGAGAGUUCUCUACCAAAGUUUAAGAUCCCGAAGGGCAGGCUGGGAGUGACCAGGAUAGGAGAUUUAUCGCCACAGGAUAUGAAGAAGAUACCCACAUUAGCACUUAUCGAGCUAACUGCGCUUUGUGAUGUCCUAGGCUUAGAGCUGAAGAGAAACAAGGCAGUAAAACGGAAGGCAACAGAGAACAAGCUCUUUGGGGUACCGCUUGGCACUCUGCUAGAAAAUGAUCAAAAACUCCUCCCAAAUACCAAAGUUCCAUUGAUUUUGCAAGCAUUGCUGUCAUGUUUGGAAAAGAGGGGGCUGGACACAGAAGGAAUCCUGAGAGUCUCAGGAUCACAGACCCGCAUUAAGAGUCUGGAACAGAAGCUAGAAAGCAGCUUCUAUUCUGGCUUCUUCCACUGGGAUGAGGUCCAUCAGAACGACGUGUCUGGCUUGCUGAAGAGGUUCAUCCGGGAACUCCCGACUCCUCUGCUGACAGCAGAAUACUUGCCUGCCUUCGCAGCUGUGCAGAAUAUCCGAGACUUGAAACAGAGGUUGCAAGCUCUAAAUCUGCUUAUUCUGAUUUUGCCAGAGCCCAACCGAAACACCUUGAAGGCUCUAUUGGAGUUCCUGAGACUGGUGGUUUCCAAAGAGAAAAAGAACAAGAUGUCUCUUUGGAAUGUUUCCACAGUUAUCGCUCCGAACCUCUUCAUGCACAAGGGCCUGCCGAACAAGAUCCCAGAGGGGAAGGAGAAACAGCUGGCGGAAGGGGCGGCAGAUAUUGUGCGGAUGAUGAUCCACUAUCAGGAUUUGCUCUGGACUGUAGCGUCUUUCUUGGUUGCUCAAGUGCGAAAGCUGAAUGAGAGUAGCAGCAGAAAGUACCAGUUCUACGACAGGAGGAUCAAAAACCUGUUGAGGAAGAUUCACACGGACAAGGAGAAGGCAGAAAAGAACCAUGCCGAACCGUCCAAGACAGUGAAAGUCCAAGCUUCCCUGUUCCUGAAGGACUCUCUGGAGGUUCACUUAAACAAUGGGACCAAAGCUGCUGAUGUUCUGAGGCAGUUCCAGAAGCACCUCUGUCAGAAUGGCUGGAAUAUUGUCAACACGGUCAAUCUCAUCAAAUGCAAUGGGUCAGUAGAGUCGAUGAACUUGCUCCUGUAUGAAGUUGGUGGCAAUAUAAGUGAGCAUUGCUUGGACCCAGACACAUACCUCUUAGAUCUGUACCACGUGAAUCCCCAUGCAGAAUGGAUUAUAAGGCAAAACCCAUCCUUUCCACGAACACUCUAGGAACACAUCAGGAGAAAGGAAUCCAGAUACACCCUCUGUUGAACCCAGUGUUUAAGAAAAACAUCAGUCAUAGUGUGUGCUUAAGUUAAGAGGUAUUUUACAUGGGCCGACUGACUGUGUGGAACAAGAAGCGAUUAAUUUAAACUUCCAUAUCAGCUUGUAGGCAGUGCUGGAGAACUUUAGGUUAACAGACUAUACGUGGCAUUUGUAACCGUAAAAAUUGAUUUCCAAGAAGACGCAGUAGAGGUGAGUUAAGGAGAGACACAUCCUUGAAGAAACCGAUGGGGAUCAUCUAACUUUGAGAUUUGAUUCAUUUACUGGAGAGACUUCAUAUUGGAUGAAGAGGAUUCUGGGCUCAUAGUCAGUCAACAACUGUUAGUAUGUUUAUCAUGAAGUUGCCUGCUUCCUGAAGGAACAAGACCUGUAUGAUGUAUGC